AUGGAUGGCCUAGUCAAGGCGGCCUAUACGUACUCGAGAGCUGCGAUGGAGCUCCAGCUCGACCGGUUCAACGUCACAAAUCGAGCUCAGAACCCGGCCGAAGAGGACGCGUAUUGCGCUAACAUGCGCAAAUUAGGUGCCACCUGGUUUGAAAGCGAAGAAGCUUAUAUGUUGUUGGCCCUGCAGCAUUCUAGGCCGCAGAAGCAGGUUCUCUGA